CUUUAUUCUUCCUGGCAGCUGUCCAGUUCACCAGGGACUGGGAGACUGGCUGGGUGCAGGCAAACACCUCCUACAAGUCCUUCAGCGCUGCCCAGGUGAACGCGGACAUCGGGCUGCACAUCGGCCUGGCAGGGGUGAACGUCACGCUCAGGGGAAACCCAGUGAAGCAGAUCAACGAGACCAUCGACUACAACGAGCACUUUCCCUGGAACUUUGGAGCGGAUUAUGAGCACAGCUACAGCGAGGGGCUGGAGAAGGGGCUGCCCAGCCCCAUCCUCUACGUGGCAGAGAAGUUCAUCAGGCAGAGCCCCUGUGCCGUGCACAGGCAGUACCGCAUCGCCGGCCACUACGCCUCAGCCGUACUCUGGGUAGCCUUUUGCACGUGGAUCAUCUCCAACAUCCUCCUCUCCAUGCCUGUCCUGGUUUAUGGAGGAUACAUGCUCCUGGUCACAGGGGCCUUCACC